CGGAACGGACGCUCCACACGAGAAAUCGAUGACGAGAAGCAGGAAAGCACCUGUCGGUACCUACUCAUAAAGCCACCGCCGUGUGUGCAGCCGUAUCAACUUCGAGUCUAAGGAUUAUGGUAGAACGUGUCUUGGGAUCUGAUGCAGCCACCGCUGAAGCCUGUGGAGAUGCGCCUCGUCAUGGGAGCAAGAGAGAGAAGCUUGUUAUCCCGGAGGACGGAAAAUCUAACCUCGCUGACAGGCUCACAAUGCUGAAGCUAGGUAAACAGGGGAGCAAGGGCGGCGCAGGUGUAGCCUCGAGAGAAAGGCCGGAUUGGGGGGCACUCGAUGAGGAGAGGAAACAGGAGGGGCCGAGCUUGAUGGAGCAGAUGAUGGCAGAGGCAAUGGCGGCCAAGGAGGUGAAAUCUCAAGAGCAGCGGCUCGAACAGUCGAGAGAUGCUAAGCAAACCUUCGGGGGCGGGCUGAAGAAGGGAUUCCUGUCACGUCCCGCUCCCACUACUGCUGUCUCCUCAGCAGCACCAAAUAAACUAAACGGGGGGAGGAGAAGACAAAGAGGAAAAGACAGCACGAGCGGUGCCCCCCCUCCUGCUGAAGUGAAGAGGAGCAUACCCGUCAUCACCGGUCGAAAGGCGUCGUCAGGAGGACUUGAGUUCGAUGUGUCCGCCGAAGCCAGUAGCACCACCAGUGACAGCCUUCUCCUGCCCGAGGUGCAGGAAGCGAUGAAGCACUCCGCAUCGAACCCCCUCGGUGGAGCCAGCGGUGGCGGGGGGGGGCAGGAAUGGUUAACGCCCGAAUUGCUCCAAAAAAUCUCCGAGAAGCCGCUGCUGGCGGCGAUGCUGACCGACCCACGCUUCUCCAAAGCCAUGCAGCUCAUGCCUACCUCCCCGAAGGAUGCCCUCGGGAUGUUCGAAUCCAGCACCGAGGCCCGAGAGAGCUUCAUCGAGCUCAUGUCCCUGCUCUCGAAACAUUUCACGGCCAUGGGGGAGGCGGCCGACGAGAAGGCGGCGGCGGAGGAGGCGGACCGCAAGAGGGUAGCAGACGGGCCGCUGGCCCAGGAGGCGCUGCGACGGGCGGCGGAAGGGGUCGGCGUGGCGGCGACGCCUGCGACGGCGGAGGAAACCGCUACCGUAGAGAGGGUCCUUCAGCAGCCGGAGCUGAGAGAACUGCUCAUGGACCCAGGUAUGCAGAGAGUGCUGCAGGAGUGUGGAAACCCCCAAGAGCUGGCGCGGUACAUACGUCACCCGGAGUUUGGACCCAAGCUGCAGCUCAUGGCCAAGGCCGGCUUGAUUUCUUUCAGGCCUUGAAAAGCUGCAGUGGAUAGUGCGCGCAGUGGUAAAGAUAGGAGCCAGUCUGCGUAGUUCUUGGGACUUCAGGAAACUCCGGUGGACUCUUUUUAGCGUGUAUCUCGCGUCUCCUGUGCCAUGAAUCCUUUGUUGGUACUAGCCAAGUUCGUCUUUGGUGUGUCUUGUUUGAAGGAUGAGAUGGAUGUGUUGUGUCGUAAGAAAAAAGACGGGAAAAGCUCAUCGUCAAACGCAAUGAGAGUUGAGCAACACCUGCUGGGUACUGCACCUCGAAGUCGAGUCUGCUCAAGUAUUUCAGUGUUUAUCUUGUUUGGGUAGCCGCCCUGCCUCCUUUGGUCUGCCGGACAAUUUGAGAGGAAGAAACGAACUGGUAUCAU